ACAAACAAAAAUAAAUAAGUUAAAGUGAAACUCAGUCACAUUACCAAGAGGGAUUUCUUUUCCAAGGGAAUACAAAGGGAACUCAUAGGACAUGGCUGUGCAUGGCUGGAAUGCUGGGCGUCAGAGCAGACCUGGCUUUGAGAACCUCCUAGUCACACUCAACCCCUGUCCUGCUUUGACUUCUUGGUGGGGACUCUACUCUAGGUGCUCCUGUUAGAACCAUUACUGGCUCCUGUCUGCCUCCAAGCCAAACAGACAAAGCCUGGAGUACAAACACCAGAACAAUUUCCCAAAGAAACUGUUUGUGCCUGUUUGAAGUUUGUUUCCCUGGGAACCUUGGGUUCUCAGAGUCCAUUGGAUAGAAGGCAGAUGCCAUUCAUUAAGGUGGCAGGAAGAACCUGACCAUCAGCCAGGACAGAAAGAAGAAAACCAUCCCAAGUGGCGAGCUGCAUGAGACAGAUUCCAGGAACCAGCCUCAGCUCCUGUGUCUGUGUCUCCCAGCAUGGGCUGCUUGAAAAAGAAGACCUUGUCUUUUCUCCUCAUUUUGGUGUCCAUGUAUGGAUGUGGGACUCUGUUGCAGGAAGCAGACCCAGCUAGGCAAAGAAAACCAUUUUUUGAGAGGCUCCGUCGACUAGAAGAGCAGUUUCAGAGAUUCCAACAGGUGACCUUGACACACCUGCAGGACAUUGCCAGCAACUAUAAUGUGUACUACGAUAUGGAUGCCCGCUUCCAGAGCCUGGGGGAAGAGAGCCAGGCCAUAGCUCUAGCAGUGAACCAAUCUCAAGCCACCAUACAAAAGGAUGUGGCCCACCUAAAAACUUGGCUUAGGAAGACCCAGCGCAGGAGCCAGAAGGUGGAUGCCCAGCUUCAAGCCUUGAACCUCUUUCUGAGCACAAAAAGCAGGCAAUGGGUGGAGGAGGAAAAGGAGCAAAAGGCACACAGAGAGGCUACUGCAAGCCUGGCCCCGAGCAUUAGGGUCCUGCAGGAUGUGCUGGCCAGCCUGACACAGCGAGUCCACAGCCAAGAUGCCAGGAUUGCUGCUCUUGAGGGACAGAUGCAGAGGGCCUCCUCUGGUAGGGCGGCUCUGGGGCUGACUGCAGCCCCCACCCCCACUCAGCUUGCUCAGCGAGGCCCAGGUUCCUUGCAACUGUGGAGAAACAGCCAGACAUCCAGGCCUUCACUCCAACACAGGAGCUCCCCCAAAGACUUCACUGUCCAUGUCCAGAAGACACAGAAGUUCCGAGCCCCAAGCAGACAUCAAUCAGCACUACCAAGUAAGUGACACAAUCCUUCAAACAUUUGCAACACGGGCCCGGUGCUAAUUUUUCCCAACGCCUCCACUGAAAAUGUGGUCUUUCUUAGCCCCGGUUUCCUCAUGCCCCUACGAGCUCUGUCUUUCUGCAGUUGGGUCCGAAUGGCCUCUGGCCACCUGGGCACCCUCCUUUCCUAUGCUACCAAGGACAAUGACAACAAGCUAGUACUGCAUGGCCGAGAUUCCCUGGUGCCAGGCUCCAUCCACUUUGUGAUUGGUGACCCAGUUUUCAGGGAACUGUCCCUGCAACCACUCCUGGAUGGCCAGUGGCACCACAUUUGUAUCAUCUGGACAUCCAUGGAGGGCAAGUACUGGCUCCACAUUGACCGAAGGAUAGUAGCUACUGGCUCCCGCUUCAGAGAGGGCUAUGAGAUCCCUCCUGGAGGGUCCCUCGUGUUGGGCCAGGAACAAGACACCAUGGGAGGUGAGUUUGACAGCUCUGAGGCCUUUGUAGGGAGCAUAUCUGGCUUAGCCAUCUGGGACCGGGCUCUGACCCCUAGAGAAGUUGCAAACUUUGCCACUGGGAAAGAGCUCCCGACAGGUGCUAUUCUGACGCUAACCAAUGCCACAUCAGUGGGUGGAUUCGUGAAGAGGGCCAAAUGUACCUGCCUGGAGCAAUGUCCAUAAGGCUGACACACUUGGGCUACAUCACAUUCAAGGCCAACAAGAAGCACAAGCCUCCAUAUCAA